AUGGCUGCGCCAGCACACGAAGCAGCGGCCGCAGCACCACCUGCUCCAGCUCCCGAUGCGGCCAAAGCAGCCGCAGACGCCAUGGAAUCGAUGCAUGUAGCUGCGGCACAGGCAAAGGAUAAAGCUGCUCAAGAAGCUGCAGCAAAGAUGGAAGCAGAGCAUGUAGCUGCAGCACAGGCAAAAGAUAAAGCUGCUCAAGAAGCUGCUAAGAAGAUGGAGGCAGAACAUAUAGCAAAUGCCCAGGCAAAAGAUAAAGCCGCUCAAGAAGCUGCUAAGAAGAUGGAGGCCGAGCAUAUAGCCAAUUCCCAGGCAAAAGAUAAAGCCGCUCAAGAAGCUGCAGCAAAGAUGGAGGCAGAGCACAUAGCAAAAGCCCAGGCCGCAGACGCAGCCCACAAGGCAUCAGCGGAUGCCAUGGAGGCCAUGCAUGUUGCAUCGGAAAAGGCCAAGGACGCAGCUCACAAGGCAUCUGCCGACGCCAUGGAAGCUAUGCACGUCUCGAAGGAAAUGGCCAGCAUCGCCGCUGAGCAGACUCCAGCUGCGAUGACCCCGGCCGCUGAAAUGCCUCCGGCUGAGGAAGUUCCGGUUCCUCAACAGACCAUUACUGUUUCUCCAGAAACCCCGGCACCGGCCGCUGCUCCUGCUGGCAUGCCUGCCCAUACACCUCCUCCGGCCGCUGCCAUGCCUCCUCCUCCUCCACCACCGGCAGAGAUGCCACCACCAGCUGCUCCCGCUGGAAUGCCUGCUCACAUGCCUCCGCCGCCUCCAGCAGAGAUGCCAGCUCCUCCUGCUCACAUGCCUCCACCUGCGGCAAUGCCACCAGCGGAGAAGCCUGCUCCCCCUGCUCACAUGCCUGCUCCGGCGGAGGUACCCGCUCCUCCUGCUCACAUGCCUCCUCCGGCAGAGAAGCCUGCUCCUCCUGCUCACAUGCCUCCUUCGGCAGAGAAGCCUGCUCCUCCUGCUCACAUGCCUGCACCUCCCGCGGCAAUGCCACCAGCGGAGAUGGCUCCUCCCGCAUCAAUGCCUCCAGCUGAGAUGCCUCCUGCCGCUGCUGAGACACCUGCCGCUGCCGCCAACAUGUCAAUGCCUCAAGCGGCACCACCGGCUGCUACAGUGACUGAGAGUUUCUCGCUCGUGAUGGGUGCGGCUCUUGCAAACAAGACAGCCUCAGCAAUGGCUGAAAUGACUGCUCCUCCCGCUGAGAGUCCUGCCGCUGUCGAGACACCUGCUGCUGCCGAGAGUCCUGCCGCCGCUGAGAGUCCUGCCGCCACUGAGAGUCCUGCUGCUGCCGAGACACCUGCUGCUCCUGCCGAGACUCCCGCCAUGCCUCCUGCCGCUGCUAUGCUUCCACCACCCCCACCAGCUGAAGAGAAGCCCGCCCCUCCUCCUACUGAGAAGCCUGCCCCUCCCGCUGAAAAGCCCGCUCCUCCUGCCGAGAAACCUGCUCCGGCUGAGAAGCCCGCUCCCCCGGCUGAAGAGAAACCUGCUCCUCCAGCUGAGAAGCCAGCUCCUGCCGAAGAGAAACCCGCACCACCGGUCGCCGCUGAAGAGGCCAAUGGCGCGCCUGCCCCUCCGAUGCCUGCCGGCGCAGGCGAAGCCACAAUUUCCCUUCCCGCAGGCUUCUUGACUGCUGCACGCCUACGCAGACAUCCUCACCGGGGGCUUAUGCCAGCUAAGCGUGGCAUGAAGGCUAUUGCGUUCUAA